AUGGGUAUUCAAUUGGGAUUAUCAAGAAUUACUAAACUUCUAUCAUAUGCCGGCAGCCCUCAUGAAAAACUGAAGGUACUUCAUGUGGCAGGAACAAAUGGAAAAGGGUCAGUCUGUUCUUACUUAGCAACAUUAUUGCAGAAUACAACAGAUCCAAAGAUAAGAAUAGGUAAAUUUACAUCCCCACAUCUGGUUGAUGUCACUGAUUCUAUUAUGAUUAACAAUAGACCAAUACCUAUGCCAGAGUAUAACAACAUAAAGGCUCAGAUAACUGCAUUGAAUGAAAAAUAUUUACUGAAUUGCUCUGAAUUUGAAUUACUCACCUGUGUUGCAUUUUCGUAUUUUCAUAAACUAAAUUGUAAUUGGUGUGUAUUAGAAGUUGGGUUAGGUGGAAGAAUGGAUGCUACCAACGUUGUACCUGGUUUGAGAAAAUUUGCUUGCGGUAUUACCAAGAUUGGUCUUGAUCACCAAGGUUUUUUAGGAAAUACUUUGACAGAAAUUGCAGCCGAGAAGGUUGGUGUUAUCACUAAGGGGGUUCAAUAUGCAGUAAUAGACGGAUCUAAUGACAAAACUGUGCUAGAUGUUGCAAAAAAGAAAUGUGAAGAAGAGAAAUGCACUCUAAAGAUAACAGACAGCGCAGUUCAUGAUAAUAUGAUUGAAACUGAUUCUUGGGGUAAGAUGAAAUUCGAUCACUUACCUCUGAAUGGAGACUAUCAAAUAUUUAACUUUAGAGUAGCAUUGGCAAUACUAGACCAUUUGCAACAAAUUAAUGAAUUAUCAUUAACAGCUGAUGAUAUAUUUGAAAGAUUAAAGAAUACAGUUUGGCCCGGCAGACUUCAAAACAUAGAUAUACAGUACGCAAAGGAUAAGAAAGUCAACGUAUUACUAGAUGGUGCACACAAUGGCUGUGCAUCAAUCGAAUUAGUUAAAUACAUACGGAGAAUAUAUGGCGAACAACCAAUAACUUUUGUAAUUGCGGUGACAUCAGGUAAAGAUCUAGAACCUUUAUUUAGUCCUUUAUUAAGACCGAUCGACAAUGUUAUUACUACCAAAUUUUCAUCUGUGGAUGGAAUGCCUUGGAUUAAAGCUAAUGAUCCCAAUGAGUUAGCCAAUAUAAUUAGGGAGAAGUACACCACUAAUGUUAGAGCAGAAUCUGAUCUACUUAAUGUCUGUGCAGAGAUCCAAAGUAACAGUGGCUUAGAAAAUAAAAGACCUGUUGUAGUAUGCGGAUCAUUAUACUUGUGUGGGGAGUUACUAAGAUUAAAUGAUACAACAACAUCGUAA